AUGGUUCGUCCGACUUCGUGUGCCGAGACGAUCAAUUCCAAUUACUUGAUCUGUGAUUUUGAUCUUCACUGCAUUCAUGUCUUCCAACCUUCCGGUAGUUAUAUUUCCAGAUUUGGACAACGAAACCUCUCUGGACCUAUUGACGUAGCAGUAGAUAGUAAAGGCAAAAUCUUCGUAGUUGAUACGAAAGCGUGUACAAUAUGUUACUUUAAACCGACCGGACGAUUUCUAGGUCAUUUCGGUUCUCGAGGUGCAGCAGACAACCAAUUCACUUCCCCGACUGGCAUCACAAUUGAUUCCGCUGAUCGGAUCUAUGUGGUGGACUCCCAGGUACAUUCAAUAAAAGUGUUCGACAAAGACGGGGAAUACCUAUUCAAAUUCGGAGUGAAUGGAAAUGAACCUGGAUGCCUUCAUUUACCCACACGAGUGGCCUUUGAUGGAACAAACUUGCUUUUCGUCAGUGAUACUGGAAAUAACCGCAUUCAGGUAAGCGUUCGGAACCCAGUCCCAUUUUAA